AUGACAGCAUCCGUUCUGCGCGUAUUGCAGCCUGACGGUUCCGGUCCGCAGGUGCUGACCUUCGAGGAAGCUUCGGAUAGGCUGUACGCGGCGAUAGUAGCGCCAGCGUCGUUUCAGCGGGCGAGGGGCCGCUUGGAGCAGGUGCUGCGCGAGCAAGCACAGACGCCGCAACUGCUGCUGCUAGAGCAGGAGGAAGCGCAGAAUCGGUCGCUGAUGCCGCAGCAGCAGACGCAGCAGCAGACGCUGCAGCAGUCGCAGCAGCAGUCGCAGCAGCAGUCGCAGCAGCAGUCGCAGCAGCAGUCGCAGCAGCAGUCGCAGCAGCAGUCGCAGCAGCAGUCACAGCAGCAGCAGCAGCAGCAGCAGCAGCAGCAGAAGGGAGCCAUUCAGUCCAGCAUACCCGCCAGCACGCGUCCUCUCCCAUCCGCCGUCUACUCCCGACCGCCUCCCCAGCGCUCCUCUCCCGCCCAGCGCCCCUCACCCUCCCUUGGCGGCGGUGACAUAGGAGUGGGCGGGAUUAGAGGGCCUCCCGCCGAUCCUCCCUCCGCUCCGCCCCCGUGCGCUCUGCCUCUCAUGCCCACCGCACCUCUCGCAUCUGCUGCUCCUCCCACCAGCGGCGCUGCUGCUUUUGGGUUGGACCAGGGAGUGCACGGCGGGCGGCACAACCACCGGUCAGCGCACAGCAGCGCGCCGAGCACUGCCCUGAGCAGCUUGGCGCGCAGUGCAUCCAGCAGGGCGUCGUUCACUGCCGCCCACGUGGCAGGGGUGGGGCCGGAGAGGCCCCUGCACGUGGAUGGGGUGCUGCCGGGCCCCAUGAGUGGCGCGAGAGAGGGCAUGCUGAAGCAGCAGCUCAUGGCUCUCGCUGAAGCCAUGGCCGUUGAUGACUCGCGUAUGUAUCUCUCAACCAAACCCCUCCCCUCCCCUCCUGUUGGAGGUGCGAUGCCCAUUCCAGUCGUGCGGUGGCGGCAGUUCAUGCGCCAGUUACGGAGGGAGGCGGCAGCGGGGGGGGACACGCUGCAGCGCAUCGCCUUCCACGCGCUGGAGGCAUUAGAGGCACGCAUGGAUGGCACCGCGCUUGUCCGCGCCCACACCCCCAUGAAUGUCACCGUUGAGGAUUCAAUGGCAGCGCUGGGUCACGGCGGCGAGCAUGGAGUGCCGGCAUUCAUGCACCUCGCCAACAUUGCAGCCGUGCAUGAAGUCGUCCGUGCAUUCACCCACAACCCCCAUCCACCCGCACACGCACACGCACACGCACACGCCCCUGCGCCUCCCCUCCAGCCUGCCCCUCCCCUGGCCGCCACCUCUCCCUUUACCGGCCAGUCCGUGCGGCGGCGGCGGCUGCACAUCAUAGCCAUUGGGUUCUACGGCGGGCCGCACUGGAUCAACAUCCUCAUGCGCCUCGCUGCCCACUUCUCCACCCCCCCACUCCUCCCCGCCACCGCCAAUGACGUUCCGCCAAGUGGCGUCCCGGCGGGGGGAGCAGGGGCGGCACCAGCUGCAGCGGGUGACGAUGUGAUCGGUGCUCAGGGUGAAGCAGGGGCGUUUGGAGCAGGUUCAUCUGGGGGAGGUGUAGCUGCAGCAGCCAUUGAUUUCGGCGUAGUAAAAGUGGAGGAAUACCCAACCGGGCUGGUGCAUCUGGGGAAGGAGUAUCUGGAGCACGUGGCAGCCAUGCUAGACCUCCCUCUCACCUUCCACGGCAUAGAAACCACCCCCCAGGACUUCCACCCGUCACUAGUGGAGGUGGAGCAGGGGGAGGAGAUUGUAGUGCUGGCCAAUUGGGGCCUCAUGGUCUUCCCAGACGACACGGUGCUGCGCUCCAACCCCCGCAACUCCAUCCUCAAGUGGAUCCGGGGCCUCCGCCCGCUGCUGCUUCUGCAGAUCGACAACGACCGGCUCGGCAUGUGGGUGCAUCGGAUGAAGGCGGUGGGGCUGGAGGCGGUACCGAUGGGGCCGGACACAGUGGCGGCUGGGAGGGAGGCCACGGAGGGGAGGGACAAGAGGUUCCGGUUAGAAGUGCAUGCUGAGACGGGCGCCCUGCAGCUCAGCUGGCGCGGCGUGCCCUUGAUCUUCGUCGCUGCCUGGAAAUGA